GCACCGGCGUUGCGUCCGCCAGUCCGCGAGUUGGCACGACGGCGGUGCGUUCGUCGCUUCGAUAUCGACACGGUCGAUAACGCUCCUCUCUUCUCCUUUCUUUCCCCCCCUUUUCUUUCUUCUUUUUUCAAUUCCCUUUUUUUAAAAUCAUUAUCUUCUGAAACCUCAUCGGCGGAAUAAAUCUCGCGCUUGGAGAAGGCGAGGAAGUAACGUAGAUUCUCGGCGAUUUUUCUCGCGCAGAAUCGUCAUCGCCGAUAUCGUCACUGUCGAUAUCGUCAUUAUCGUGUCAAUCCCUUUAUCUUUCCGGGUAAAACGAAAUUUGAGAGAACGACGAUCGGAAAAUAGAGAGAAGAGAGGGAAGAACUCGUCGCUUUCGCGCUUUCGAAGUGUCACGAUUGUAGUGUGUGUUACGAUUUUUGGACGAACAUUGAUCAAUUGGUGUGCAAUCUGCAGUCGCAAUCCUCCGACGAUUAGUGGCGAGAAAACGCCUGAGAGACUCGGGUGAUAGACCUCACUCCAAGGAUCUCCGUCCAAGAUCGACCUGAGCACUGCAGCUGACACGGCAACAUGUCGAUCGUAAUGCAGUAUAUAGACCGGUUCCACGACAUGCUGGACAAGCAUGCAGACAGGAGGACGACUAAUUGGCUACUGAUGAGCUCACCCUUCCCCACGUUGUUCAUCUGUCUCACUUACGUUUACGUCGUCAAGGUGCUCGGACCGAAGCUGAUGGAGAAUCGGAAACCCUUCCAGUUUAAGAAUACCUUGGUAGUCUACAACCUGUUCCAAGUGAUCUUCUCCGCGUGGCUUUUUUACGAGUGCCUGAUGGGCGGAUGGUGGGACCACUAUAGUUUCCGCUGCCAACCGGUGGAUUAUUCCAACAGCCCUACCGCGAUAAGGAUAGGGAUAUCCGGAUGGCUGACUGGAGACUAUUCUCUAAGGUGUCAACCUGUAGACUACAGCGACAGACCUGAAGUAUUGAGGAUGGUCCACGCAAGCUGGUGGUAUUACUUCUCGAAAUUUACCGAAUUCAUAGACACGAUCUUUUUCGUGCUAAGAAAGAAGAACAAUCACGUGUCCACGCUGCAUGUGAUCCAUCACGGUUGCAUGCCGAUGUCGGUCUGGUUCGGUGUCAAGUUCACGCCAGGCGGCCACUCGACCUUCUUCGGUUUGUUGAACACCUUCGUCCACAUUGUGAUGUACACGUAUUAUCUUCUGGCGGCGAUGGGUCCGAGGGUGCAGCCAUACCUCUGGUGGAAGAAGUAUCUGACCGCCUUCCAGAUGCUGCAAUUCGUCGCGAUCAUGGUCCACGCCUUCCAGCUGCUCUUCAUCGAGUGCAACUAUCCGAAGGCGUUCGUCUGGUGGAUCGGCCUGCACGCCGUCAUGUUCCUCUUCCUGUUCAAGGAGUUCUACCAGCAGAGUUACCAGCAGAAGAAGCCUAGGAAGCGGGACGGCACCGCGGCGAUGACGAACGGUGUCGCCCAGGAUGGCGACCAUCAGUCGAAGGGCAAGCACGUGAACGGCGUCGCGAACGGCGUCGCGAACGGAACCGCGAACGGUGUCGCCAACGGCUACGCCGCGAACGGCUCCUCGCCCAGAAGGAGGGAUGCCGCCGACUAUUACGUGAAAGGCGAAAGCCUAGCGACGGAGCUCAAUCUCCGAAAACCGUUCGCGACGAAAGUCGAGUGACCCUAGAGCGAGCGGCUAGCCUAGUCGAUCUUUUCUCGCCGCGACGUCGUGUCUUUUUUUUUUCUCUUCCGCGAAAUCGCCGAAGGACUUAGUGGGCCUUCUUCCCUUUGUCUCUCUCUCUCUCUCCCCCCUUCUCUCCCUUUCUCUUUUAAUUUGCUUAUUACCGAAACGCACAAAGGGUUGAAGGCUCUCUGCCGAGAUUGACGCAUCUGUCGAAAGAGAAAGAGUACAAAAUUACGUAUUCGGCUCGCGGUAUGCGGCGUACGUCGAUGUAAUGUAUGUACCUCAUCGACGAUACGAUACUUCACGACGGUUCUUCAACUAGAUCCGGGCAGUCGCUCGCGUAAUCUGGCGACUGAUGCAGAAGGAUGCUCUCGGGCGAAUCGUAUCCUGAUGAUCCCGCGAUAAUAAACGUAAGAGUCCGGGGGGAAGGGGGAGGAAGGACCGGAUUAUGCAUUGGACGUCGUGCGGUUUUCAACGAUCUUGACGAUAAUUCACGUCACUCGCGGAGUGAACGAUUCUCUCACUGAAUUUCGGUAAGGUCACAAUCGCGCAAGGAAAGGGGGUUCGUCGUUCUGAAAAUGAUGCAAUCGAAUGGCAAUGUAAUUUCCAGAUCGUCAAAGCGUUCCGUGACAUUUGCGCAGCAUACAUUAGCCUUUUCUGGCUCGUCUUCGACCUGACACCAUUGAUUGCACAAUGGAGCAGUCAAAUUGCUCUUUGAUAAAAUAAAUAAAUAAUCGAUAGUUAAUUGAGAAAGGGUCCGGGAAGAAAACCGGUUUGAAAUGCGAUGGAAAAAAAUUUUUGUCCCGGAAAUCGGAGAUUCCGCGGCCAGUGAAUCAUCGUGACGAUAUCCUUCACUGACCGCUUUCGCAAUUCGGAAGUAUUUGGACGCUCGUUUUCAAUUCCGUUCUCGUGACGCGACGCGUUUCCUUCACUUUGGUAAAAAUAAAUUCCGUCAAGGCUUAACGAUCCCGUGGUCUCUAAAAAAAUUCACGUAUUCGCUAGCUCGAAUUCCAGCGCGAGAGAAUCUCAGUAUUACAUAAAGGAAGAAAUUACGCGGCAGAUAACAGUAAUAGUGAAUUACAAUGGCAAUUUAACGCGGUACUGUUAUGCAAUUAGCUGAGAAAUUUUUUCGUUUACAUUUCGACGAUUUGUGCCGGGUAGAAAUAUGCGUAGAUCCGAUGACCUUAGCCGGUCGAGUCGCGGACUUUGGCGCAAAAUUUCUCGAUUAUGUAAAAGCGCGAAAGAACAAGAAGGCUCGAAGGAAAGUUCGACGAAAAUCUUUGAGCGAGUGAUCUCUUGAAACGACAAAUUUGCGCACAUUUCUCUCUCUCUCUCUCUUUCUCUCUGCCAAUAUUUAUUACAUGUCCUUCCGAAAAAUAUAUAUAACGAUAAUUUUAUAACUGUGGGGAAUUUUAUGUAUUUUAGGAUUACAUUAAAAAAAAUCAAGUCUUUACUGAUAGAAAAAUAUGUGAUAUUUGCGACUAUAAUUGCAUAGUAAAAUGAUUAUAUUCAGGAAUAUCAUUUUUAUAGUAAUUACUGUAAUAACCACUUAUAAUGAUGCCAACUAUGAAAAAAUUGUACUAUAUAAAUUACACAGUUUUAAAAUAUAGCACAUGAUUGUUAUUAAAAUUAUAGUAAUAAUUACUGUAAAAAUGAUAUUCUUGACUAUAAUUAUUCUACUAUGCAUUUAUACUCACAAAUAUAACACAUUUUUCUAUAAGUGUUGAAAUCGAAACGAUUCGUAGGAUUGCUUCAAUAAGUCAGUCUAAGUCUGUUCGUUUGAUUUGCGAAAGUAUCAUUGUCCGUUCGAGUCAAACGAGUCCAGUUGCGAGAGCAGGCGAAAGGAUACGAUCGCGCCGGUGUGCUUUGGGAGAUAGGCGUGCCUUUUGCUCAAUACUUAAAGCUCAAAAGCAUCGGUUCGAAAUGCCAGUAACCGAUCUCUGUGAUCGUGCAUAUCGUCGACUCGCGAGAGGGACUCUCGACAUCCCCCUGGCCUCUUUGCGUGUUCAGUAGCUGCCACGCCGACGUCCUUCCAUAUAUCGCGGAUGUGCCGAUGCUCAUCGCGGAUGCUCGCCGUCUCGGUUGUACUAUUUAACGCGUGUGAACGCGCGCGCGAAGCAUGCGAGAGUUUUGCGUUGACGAUUGUUGGAAUCUUCGAUUGAAAGAAAGAAAGGAAUAUCCCUCCACUCGGCAACCGGACUCUCCUAGAAGAAAUUUCGGAUCAAUGAAUUUAAUUGGGCAACAUCAUUAUUCAGGAUACUCAGACGGAUAAAGGAAUCAAAAUUUAAGAAAAAUGAAUUUAAAAGGACUUGGUAGAUGCUCGUUUUGUAAAAUUGGAUUUCGAAUACGCGAAGAUUCGAAAAUUGUAAUUAUGUGAAAUAUAAGUGCCUUUUAAUUUGUUUUUCGCGUGGUUAAAAUUACACACACAGACAAAAAUAUGCACAUUUGCCAACGCGUUUACUAUUUAAUUUCCAUUUUUAAUUACGAUCUACUUAUUACUGAUCAUUUUAAGUACUGUCGGGCUUUUUACGUUUUCCCUGAAGCCGAAGUCAAAACUAAAACUGCGACAAUCGGCACGUUAUUUUUCUCGCUCGCUUUGCGUGCGUUUUGUAUGUAAUGCAUAGCGUCUUGUACAUAGGUAGGCUAGUUUUAUAUACUACUAAAGAAGAGUCCGAGGAGUGUGACGGCCGUGCCACACUUUGAGGUAAUUAAAAAAUAAAAAAAAAAAGAUCCAAGUUCAGGGGCUAAUUUAUAUAAAUCCACAUGUGCAUAUAGUAUGUAUAAGAGGCGGAAGCUGUAUGAAUAAAAUCGCACAUUGGGGUGCAUGACCCUUGUAGUUGCGGCUACGUACAUAAGGAAAAAAAAGAAAGUCAAGAGGGCGCCUUGAAUUCUCGACUUCUUGGGACCCCGGAUCGAUUACUGCCCUUUUCAUUUGAAUGUUUUUCGAAUCUUGCGAUUCGAAUAAUGUAGAUUGCAUCAAGCGUAAUCGAAGAGUUUGUUCCCAAAUAGUCUCGAUUUUUUCAUCUUUUACAAUUGAAAAAUAUAUACCUUGGGACAUUUAAUAUUAAACGAGAAAUAAUUAUUAAUAAAAUUUAAUUCGAGCAUUGGUAACAAGCUCUCCGAUUGUGAUCUGUCAUGUGUGUGAUCUGCAAUAACUGAUACGUGCACCAUACAUGAGCAUUUAUGAUAUUAUUUAUGUAAAAUUGCAGAAUUCUGUGAAUUCAAAAAAUUAUAAAAAGCUCGAAAAGAUAGAGCUGUCGACGGUUGACUCUUUUUAUUAGGUAAAAUUCGAUAUACGAUCGCUGGUACGAUGGAAAAAAAUGCCAAAUGCGUGCGUAUGGUGCGCAAAAGAAAUACAUGGACAAUCCAACGAAUUCUUUCUCCCACUCGGUUGAGAACUUGAAGUUGUUUUGUUGCAAGUGGCUCGCCGAGAUAGGGUGCCAAAAGCGAAUAUUGGGCGUAUGCCGCCAAUAACUUGAUAAGGCAGCGAAUGUAUAAAAAGUCCAAGUGCUCUUACAUCGUGAGAAUUUUUACGCCGUACUGUAAUCGAAAUUUAUUAAUCACAAUUGGUUAACGUGUAUUACGUGAUGUAUUUUUGCGAGAAAUAUAAGUCUAUUUAC